AUGGUGGCUCCGGCCUCGACGGGAGGCAACUCGACUGGCGGACAGCCUUCGGCGAGCCGUCAACCCACCCGAUCCUCUAGCACCCACCCGUCGCAUUCUCACAAUGUACCUCUGAGUGCUCGACGGUCUGCACCUCUCGACUUGUCCACGGUCGAGCGACGAGGACAACCCAAUGCCCCUCGAGAGCCGGGUAAACGAAUUCGGCCUCAUGGCUUAGAAGAGGCACCUACGUUCCGGCCGACUGAGGAGGAAUUCAAGGAUCCCGAGAAAUACAUCCGCAAGAUAGCGCCUGAAGGUCAGAAAUAUGGAAUUUGCAGGAUCAUCCCACCGGAAAAUUGGCAACCGCCGUUUGCUAUUGACACAGAGCGAUUCCACUUCAAAACCCGCCGACAGGAGCUUAACUCGGUUGAAGGAGGUAUGCCCCCGCGUUCAGCCACGUCUGCUGCCGGUGGUGCUCCGCAGCCCAGUUCUGACCCGGACCCAGGAACCCGUGCAAAUCUAAAUUAUCUCGACCAGCUGGCCAAAUUUCACAAGCAACAUGGAACAAAUCUCAACCGCUUCCCGAGCGUCGACAAGCGCCCUCUGGAUUUGUACAAGCUGAAAAAGGCGGUCGAAGUGAGGGGUGGUUUUGAUCAAGUGUGCAAGAUGAAAAAGUGGGCAGAGAUUGGCCGCGACCUUGGCUACAGUGGCAAAAUUAUGUCUUCCCUUUCCACAUCGCUCAAGAAUUCCUAUCAACGCUGGCUCCAGCCGUACGAGGAAUACCUCCGCGUGGCUAAGCCCGGGGUGCAGCAGCAAUUGGAGCUGGAACAUGGUGGCCCUUACACGCCGUCGCCCCAUCAAUCGCCUAUGGCUAAGAAGCCCAUGCCCCUAGACAUUGGCACGCCACAUAUGGUACCCAAGGGAACAAUGAGUGUCCCGCCGUCCGUUCCCCAGAGUACUCCGAGGGAGAUGGAGACAACCCCAGAUAAGGCUACACCUCCGGUGGAGCCGACACCUCCUCGCCCGAUAGCGUCUGGCUUCACGCCUGUAAAUGCGAGUUCUGGAUUUACUGCCGUCAACCGGUCGCCAUCAUUUAUAGCGGUGAACAACAAUCCGACCAUAAAACGCGAAACGGAGAAUGGUUCUCUUACACCAAAAAGCGUCGCUGAGCAUCAUUCAGUUACGACUCCCGUGCCUAAUGGCCAUGGCAGCCAUCAAACGAAGCGCGCGAUCAGCCACGAAAGUGGUUCUCAAACCGAAAAUGGGGACGAUCCGAAUGGUCGGCGGAGUAAGCGUCUUCGCAAAGAUGCGCCUUUACCUACAAUUGCCGGUUCACAUAUGACUCUUCUUCGACCAGCCCCCCCACGGGCACGGAAAAGUGACGGCCGAAAGAUGGGCGAUAAAUGCGAGAAUUGCGGCAAGUCCGAAGACAGCUCCUCGAUUCUUGUAUGCGACAGUUGUGAGCAUGGCUAUCACAAGUACUGUCUCGAUCCUCCUCUAACUACUGUUCCCGAGUACGAUUGGCACUGCCCUAAGUGCCUGGUAGGCACAGGGGAGUUUGGUUUCGAAGAAGGAGGGGUUUACUCUCUUCGGCAGUUUCAAGAGAAGGCAAAUAUUUUCAAACAGAAUUAUUUCGCCUCAAAGAUGCCAUUUGAUCCUGUUCUCAACAGCCAUAGGCGAGAGUCUGAAGACGACGUGGAGCGCGAAUUCUGGAGAUUAGUGGAAAGCCUAACAGAGACUGUGGAAGUAGAGUAUGGUGCCGAUAUCCAUUCGACUACUCAUGGUAGUGGGUUUCCCACUAUUGAACGGAAUCCUCUCGAUCCUUACUCGGUUGACCCUUGGAAUUUGAACGUUCUUCCCUUCCACGGUGACUCUUUAUUUCGCCAUAUCAAGUCGGACAUCUCCGGCAUGACAGUCCCCUGGGUUUAUGUCGGUAUGUGUUUCUCAACAUUCUGCUGGCACAACGAAGACCAUUAUGCCUAUUCGGCCAACUAUCAACACUUCGGUGCUACAAAGACCUGGUACGGCAUUCCUGGCGCCGACGCAGAAGCGUUUGAGGAAGCUAUGCGGCAGGCAGUCCCAGAGCUUUUCGAGGGUCAGCCGGAUCUUCUCUUCCAACUAGUCACUCUAAUGCCACCGGAUCAGCUCAGGAAAGCUGGUGUCAACGUGUAUGCGCUUGACCAACGGGCUGGACAGCUUGUCAUCACCUUUCCCCAGGCUUACCAUGCAGGUUUCAACCAUGGCUUUAAUUUUAACGAAGCUGUCAACUUUGCACCUGCAGACUGGGAGCCUUGGGGUGCCAUGGGUGUUGAGCGUCUACAGCACUUCCGGCGACAUCCUUGUUUUUCGCAUGAUGAGUUACUUUUGACGGCAGCAGCUCGUGAUACGUCCAUUACAACUGCCAAAUGGUUGUCUCCAGCGCUUCAGCGGACCUGUGCAAGGGAGCUUUCUGAACGAGCUGCAUUCUUCGCCCGGCAUCGAGAUAUUGCUCUGCAUCAUUGCACGCUUGGAUCCGAAGAUGCCAAAGAUACUGGUAAUUGCCAGCUGAAGUUCGUAGUUGAAGAUGAGGACCUCCCGGAAGAAGAUUAUCAAUGCCAGUGGUGUAAAGCAUAUGCCUACCUGACGCAAUUCCGCUGUCACAAAACCGGGAAGACCGUUUGUUUGUCGCAUGUCGAUAUGAAUAUCUGCUGCGGAGAGCCACUAAAGCAAAGGCUGCUUGGACCGGAUCACACAUUACGUUACCGAGUUAGCGAUGAGGCUUUGAAGGCUCUGGUGCAGAAAGUUCAGGACCGUGCCAGGAUUCCGGAAGCGUGGGGUGAGAAGCUUGACAAGACAUUGGAAGAUGAGCCUAGGCCACAGUUGAAGGUCCUUCAUAAUCUAUUGAGUGAAGGUGAGAAAAUCCCAUACCAUUUGCCUGGUCUCCAAGAUCUUGCGGCCUUCGUCCAGCGCUGCGAUAAAUGGGUUGAAGAAGCAACCAAUUACAUCACCCGGAAGCAGCAGAACCGGAGGAAGAAUGAGAAGGCUUGGCGCAAAAGUAGUUCUAAGGCCGCGCAGCUGGAAGAACGUGAUCGUGAAGUUCGCAGAGUAGAAAAUAUCUACGCCCUUCUUGCAGAGGCUGAUAAACUGUCGUUCGACUGUCCACAGAUGGCGGCCCUGGAAGAGAAGACCCGCGAUAUCGAGAAAUUCCGCCAGGACGUUAACGCUGCCCUUAUGAACCCCCACAUCCGAUCGGUCCAGGAAAUUGAAGAUCUAGUGGAGUCCGCUCGCAAUUUCAACGUGGAUAUUCCCGAGGUUGACGGUCUGGAACAUAUUCUCCGGCAAAUGAAAUGGAAUGAGGAAGCGCGUCGGAAGCGCGAUCAAUACCUGACACUCAAGGACUGUCAAGAAAUAAUACUGGCUGGCGAGCAAUUGGGUUUGUCGGACACCAACGAGCACCUACUCUAUUUCAAGGAUCUAUGCCGCCAUGGUGAGGCCUGGGAAGCUAAAGCCAAGGAAUUGAUGUCUGUAGAAGCUGUUCACUACCAGCAGCUAGAAGCCUUGUCUGCGCAGGCUUCCCGUUUCCCUGUCUCUCCCGAGACUCUUGCCGCGGUAGAUGCCAUAUUGACAAAACAGCGUGAAGCGCAGAGAAGGAUACAGUCCCUGUAUGAGAGAAGUAAGGACCCUGAUAUCAGGAACCGCCCCAAAUAUAAGGAAGUCCGUGAACUUAUGGAGUCCUUGGAGGAGCUGAACAGCCGACCAACUGGAGCCAUUGACCUGGAACGCGAGCAGAAGCGCCAUGAGGACUGGAUGAGAAAAGGCAAGAAACUAUUCGGAAAAGCCAAUGCCCCGCUGCAUAUAUUAAAAUCGCAUAUGGAAUACGUUGAAAAGAGGAACUCGUACUGUUUUGACUUGGAAGACCGCUGUCGACCGCCUGUCGAACCUUCGUCGCGAGAUAAUACCCCCGAUGGCUUGUUGGACAAUAACACUACCACCCCUAGCAUGUGGGGUGGUGGGAAAUCACGAAAGCGAGAUGUUUUCUGUAUUUGCAGGCACUCUGAAGCCGGGAUGAUGAUUGAGUGUGAAGUCUGCCACGAGUGGUAUCAUGGCAAAUGCCUGAAGAUCGCGAGAGGGAAAGUCAAGGAGUUCGACAAGUAUACAUGCCCUAUCUGCGAUUGGCGCCAAAAAAUCCCCCGAGAUGCCGCCCGUCCAAAACUAGAAGAUCUUCAAGACUGGCAGGCCGAAAUCCUUGGCUUGCCUUUCCAACCUGAUGAGGAACAAAUCUUGGAUAACAUCAUCAAUCAAGCGGUUGGCUUUCGUGAUUUCCUCCAUGGUUUCACCAAUGCCGCAUGUACCACUACUGAAGAAGUCCCCACGCUGAUAUUCUAUCUACGAAAGAUCGAAGGUGCUGAGGUCUUAUUGGCGUAUGAAACGAACUUCUUCAGACAAGAGAUCCAUAAAUGGGCCCCGGUAGCACCGGAGCCACCGCCAAUCUUGGAACAGUCUCUAUCUACUCGCAAGCCACGUCCGACAAAGCAGCAGAAGAUUAUGGCACAGCUGGGCGUCGAUCGCCCGGAGGAUCUUCCUCCUCAUCUACGCACGAAACAACCCAGCCGUAAAUCAAUCGAUUCGCAGUCGGGAAAAUCUUCUCUGCUUCCUGGGGCACAAACACCUGGCGAUGGGUCGAAUUCCGAUUCAACCCGCGGCGAACCUACGCUAGCCCCAAUGUCCGAUGCGCAAAACUCGAUUUAUCCUUUCUCGGCAAAUUAUUCUCUUCCUGCAAGCGACUCUACACCGGCCUUUGCUCCGGGCUCUUCAGCUUUCCUGCCCCAUGCUGCGGCUCAUUCGCCCUCAUUUCCUGCGCGCUCUCCGUCCCCAACUCAUCAAGGACUGGAUGCAUCCCUCUUUAGCUCUCCGCAGUUCAAUCGGGACCCCGACGACGGACCGUCAGGAGUUGAUGUCGCUAAUGAGAACCCCUUUGACAGUAGUCCUAGGCAGAACCUAGACGAUGUCUUUGCAGAUUUGACAAAUCAAGACGCAGAACCCGAGCAAGAACCCGAGCCUAUGGAAAACACACAUGCUAACGAGGCUUUGGAAGUACUUGAUGCGAGUAAUGGGGAUCAUUCUGAAACCCCACACGAUGAAGAAGAGCCACAGGAUGAUAAGUCCAAUGGGGAAAUCAAUGGCUCAACCAAAGCCAAUCGCAGUACAGAGGAUCUCUAA